GCAGAAGUAAAGCCCGCCCCGCGGCCUCAGGCGCCCACCCACUCACUCGCGGCACACGGGCUCACUGAGUGCUCUGGUGUGCUGCGGACUCGACGGACUGCUGAAUUCGCGGACCGUGUAACGGCGGCAGCAGCAGAGAAGCGGGAUCAGCGCGAGGGUCCGCAGGUGGGAGCCAGCAGGCGAAGGCAGUGGAAUGGACCGCCGUGUCUUCCAAGAGCUCACCAACUUACCGCUGGCGCCCCAAACUGAAGAAGAGGGGUAACAGGGAGCCCUGCAGGAUUUUGUCCCCACCUUUCAAGCCAAAGCCACUUCUGCUGGAGGAUGAAUGGCGAUGUCCUCUAGCUGAGGCUCACCUGGGGGUCCGGCCGUCAAUCGCACCGCACUGCUGCCCCCCCCGGUCGGCUCGGCUCGGGGAGGCGCAUGGCCAUCCACAAACUGGUCGCCACAGCGGUGGCUGUGGCCUUACUGUCCCUGAUCCUCAACAACGUGGCCGCCUUUACACCCAGCUGGGUGUUUCAGACGCUGGAGGACGGGCGCAAGCGCAGCGUGGGGCUCUGGAAGAUGUGCUUGAUGGCCGAGCGAGGCCGCGAGGGGGCCGGCAGCGGGCGGCAUGGGCAGUGCCAGGCUCUGUCCUGGGGAGCGGAGUAUUCAGGAUUCCAGGAGUCCCGCAGCACCGUCAAGUUGCAGUUUGACAUGAUGCGGGCCUGCAACCUCAUCGCCACGGCGGCACUGACAGCUGGUCAGCUCAUCUUCCUCCUGGGGCUUGUGGAGCUGCCCUUCUUCACCCAGGACUCCCAGUGGUGGGAGGAGGCCAUCGCAGCCGUUUUCCAGUUUGCCAGCUUCGUCCUCGUCAUCGGCCUCGUGACAUUCUACCGCAUUGGCCCGUACACACACCUGUCCUGGUCCUGCUAUGUGGACAUUGGCGCUUGUCUCCUGGCCACGCUGGCGGCGGCGAUGCUGAUCUGGAAUAUCCUGCACCGGCGCGAGGACUGCCUCUCUCCACGCGUGAUCGUCAUCAGCCGCUCGCUGGCCGCCCCAUUCCGCCCCAGGCUUGAUAAUGACUACGUCGAGUCCCCCUGCUGAUUUCACCUUCCGGUCGGCAGCAGACGCUAUCAAAACUCUACUGGCGACGGGAGAUGACCAGGCCGCCAUUCCCAGCUCUCAACCAGGGGGGUGAGCAGCACAGGCCUUCUUCGGGGUCACCCCGCACUACCAACGUUCACAGUCUCCCACAGGGACGCUUACUAACUAACCUACGGGAGGAGCAGCUCAACUUCUGAAGGAACUCCAGAGGGGAGCAAACGGAAACACCAAUGCAACGGGAUCAAGACCCGCCAAGCCUGCAGCAGAUGCUGGAGCCCCCCCCAAGUGUGCCACCUUGUUUGGCCCGCAGUGCCCUCAGAUCUUCCGCCUAAGAAGCCCAGCUUCAUCCUUUGUUUUUCUCAUAAAGCACCAUCUGCACAAUUGGAUCUCAUGGAUCUUGCGGCCCGCUGCACGCAGGUGACCCCAAAAUCAAACGCGUGACAACUCUGCAUUUGCCGUAUUUUAGACUUGGUUUGGCCUUUCUAGCAGAAACUGCAGCAGUGAAACUUUGGGAAGAGGACUCAGUCGGGCACCGCACUUGGAAGUGGAGCACAAUGAGUGAGAAAAUCAUCUUCGUAUAUAGAUAGAUAUAUAAAUAAAAAAUAAAAUAACGGUAUACAGCAUGUUAAUGGAACUCUACAGCCCACUUCAUCACUAGUUUU